AUGGGAGUACGUCCAGAACGAGCGGACGGGCUGUAUGCAGCUUUCACGGCGGGAACCUUGAGUGCCGGGCAGAGGCAGCUCUUCUCGUUGGGGCGGGCAGUACUCCGUGCUGUGAUCCGUUUGCAUUCAACGACUUCCAAGGAGUCCGGCAAUCAGAACCAAGGGGGGAUCCUCCUCCUUGAUGAAGUCAGCUCCAGCGUGGACCGUGAAACUGAACAGAUAAUGCAGGAGAUCAUUCGAGCAGAGUACAGCCACUACACGGUCAUUGCUGUGAGUCAUCGCCUGGAGAUGAGCAUGGAUUUCGAUCGGGUGGUGGUGAUGGACCGGGGUGAGGUGGUGGAGGUUGGCAAUCCGGCCCUCCUGAAAGGGGAAGCCGGGAGUCGAUUUGGGGAGUUGGUGGCCGCUGCUGAUGCGUAG